UAGCUCAAUCGUAGCCGACCCAACCAGAUCAUCAAAAUGUUCAAGUUCUUGAUUCUAGUCGCGCUUGUUCCCGCUGCGAUGCUGCAAAACGCCGACGACAUUGACUUCUCUGCCUGGAAUGUGGUUCCCGUCCGUCAAUGUACCAAUGAUCGGCCGCUUCCGAGUAUCGUGCGCAUCGAAAACUGUCCAGCGAUGCCCUGUGAAAUGGUUCGCGGAACCGACGUGAACAUGGCCAUGGAUUUUAGUGCUGUGCAAGAAACAUCACAGUUGAAUACACAAGUGAUGGCCACCGCUCUGGGAAUCACGGGACCUUAUGAACUACCGGCAGAACGUGCCGCCGCAUGCAACUGGUUGGUGCAGUCUCGCUGCCCACUGUCAGCUGGCGAAGAUGUAAUCUACCACCUGAGCAUGCCGAUCACUGCCAUCUAUCCACUAGUGAGCGUUACUAUCGAAAUUGAUAUCGUAGAUGAGAAUGAACAGUCCCACGCGUGCUUCGUUGUUGAUACCCGGGUAGUGGCCAGCUAAAAAGGAUUUGCUAGAUUCAGAGUUCGAGUCAUACGGAUUCACUAUUUGUGUCUCGAUUGCAGAACUUGAACAUCGCCUUGACUGCAGUGUAUAAAAACUUUUGAACUUUGUUUACUUCAAUACGAAGAAUCAUUCAAAGAAAACUGUGAUCUUUAAUAAAAUCUGCGUUUUUUCAUA